CUGGCCAUAGACUACGGGACGGAUUGGGAGUUUCUGUUUUUGAACAGCCAGUGUUACAAGCUCCAAGUAUACGAGUACGUUUAUACCCUCUGCCCGUUCAAUCAAGUCACACAAAAGAACACGGCGGGAACAGAGGUGUCAUUAGGGACGUGGGGGAUGUGGGCGGGAACGCCAAAGAACCAGUACAGUCAGAUGGUGUUUGAGAACGGAGAACCCUGCUGGCAAGGAGGUUCCAGAACCACCACGGUCACUCUGACAUGCGGAACGGAGACAGCCCUGCGAUCGGUGAAGGAGCCCAGCAAAUGCCAGUACAUCAUGGACUUCCAGACUCCGGUGGCCUGUCAGCCGGUGCUGAAGCAGCGCGGUGUACACAGCGAACUGUGACCCGGCCGGACUAGAAUAACUCGGACCCGACGCCCCCUCGGCUAGCCGGCGGUGACAGUCCGGGUCCUCGGGGUCCCCUCUGACAUCUGUGUUGUCAGAACAUAUAUACUUCCAAGCAGAAGGUCAGGAUGUGAUCUUCAGCAGCACAUUCAGUUCCCAGUGACUGUUACAGCUCCGCUCUGGACAGAACUCACCGUGUAAAGAACUGAAACGUCACAGGGUCAAGAAACAAUCACUGAAUGAAAGAACUGUGUCCUUCCACUUCAUCACAGCAGCUUCCUGAUUGAUUGUAGAUAAUAAUGAUGUGAUGCUUUCAUGUUUCUGUCAACAUGAAAAGACCAAAACCAACAACGACUGGAGCCUAUUAGCAGGAAUUAACUGUUCAAACAGGAUCCACAGCUGCAAAUGUUUGACUUCUUCCAAAAAAGUUUGGCAACAUCUGGUUGGAUUUGCUCUUUUCAGGAGGACAAAUAUAAACUAAAGUCACAACAAUGUAUUUACACCAAAUAUCCAACAAGAUCUCUGUGUAAAUAGUCAAGAACUGUGAUUGAUGUGUUUCUGUUACUGUCAACAAGUCUCAUGAAAAGACCAAAACCAACAACAGCAUGGUAUUUACAGCAGUAACUUCUGGUUUAAGAGAUACAAAUCAAACAUGAAGUCGUCCCCAACAACUUCACCAUCUACUCAUGUUUGAGUGACAUUAGCUUAAAUCUACAGGUUCAGGAAAACGACUGAACUUCUGUUAAAAUUCCAGCUAGUUGCAACCAAGUUUUGUCCAAGUGUUGUUGGUGUUGCUCUUCUCAAGAGACAAAGUAUUAAAGAAAGUCACUGCAGUGUAUUUAUACCAAACGUCCAACGAGAGAGUCAAAAAGCUGAUGUUACCGCUGAUGUGUUUCUGAGUCAUGAAAAGACCAAAGCCAACAACAGCCUCCCUGGUUCUCCAAAUAUGGAUGAAUCCACACCAACGAUUGAUUCAUGUUUGAGUGACCAGGUUUUGUUGGCUUUGCUCGUUGAUGAGGACAAGUAUAAACUAUGUUCUGUCUACAGUGUAUUGACACCAAAUAUCCAACAUGUGGGUGUAAAUAGUCAAAAAUAACGAUGUGUUUCUGUUACUGUCAAGAAGUCUCAUGAAAAGACCAAAACCAACAAUGACGGGAUCUUCACAGCAAUAACUGCUGGUUGGGUUGGGGACUGAUGAUUGGUUGGUUGUUUUAGGGGUCGAGCCAAAAUAACCCAAAGCAUUGUUGGUGUUGCUCUUCUCAAGAGACUAAAAGUAUGAACUGAAGUCACGAUGAGGCCAAAUGUCCAACAAGAUGUGGGUUAGUUGUCAGAAAGUGUCACGAAAAGCCCAAAACCAACAGUCACAUGAUCUUUAAAGCAAUAACUGCUCCUUUACAAACCAAGCAUGGACAAUGAAUUAGAUUUUUGGCCACCAAAUGUGGAUGAAUUAACCGAUUAAGUGACGAAUAAUUCAUGUUUGACCGACUAAGUUUUGACCAAGUGUUGUUGGUUUUGCUCUUUUCAGAAGGACAACUAUAAACUAUGUUCUCUCUACAGUAUAUUUACACCAAAUAUCCAACAACACCUCUGUGUAAAUAGUCACAUUAUUAUUGAUGUAUUUCUGUUACCGUCUCAUGACAAGAAGAAAACCAACAAUGACAUGACCUUCACAGCAAUAAUUACCAGUUUGGGUUAUUUUCUGGCUUGUCCCCUAAAAACCCAACCAAAGUAUUGUUGGCUUUGUUCUUCUCAAGAGACUGAAGUCACAACAGUGUGUUUACACCAAAGACCUCUGUGUAAAUAGUCCACGACAUCGUUUCACUGCUUCACUGUAAAUCUUAAUCGACAACAUCACUUCCUUAAAAACCACCAGGAGUUAAAUAUAAGCUGUGUAGAGCUGCGUGGUAUUAAUUCCAACACCAGCUCCAGUAUUAUAGCCUCGUAGCUAGCCGUGUAGUCCUUGGGUGAUCGCUGUAUCCUGGAUGGAACAUCUGCGCUGUGUGCAGGCUGCCUGGCGCCGUGCACGCCGCCUAUGAUGUUGUUAUGUAACAGAUUGUGGGGUUUCUGCAGCAGAGCUCAUUAAGGGGGAGCUAAAUCAGCUGUCAGGUAUCCAAUCGGCUGCCUGGUGUAUUCCUACGCUGCCGGGGCAGCUGGGUGGCUGUUUGCCUGCUAGCAAUGCAAUAGCCCGAGGCCAUGCAGCCCAGGGACUGCUGCUUUUUAUUUAUCUGGCUUCGGCUCCCAUCCAGCCUCCCCGUUUGAUGGAACUGGUUGCUUUCACCAGUCGGACUUUUGAGCAAUUUGAGCAAUAGCUGCUGUCGACUCCCCACAAUCUGAAACAUCUGCAUGUUAGAGUCUCUUCCUGCCAAUCAGCCCGACGUGUUAAGGGCGGCGUCACAUCUGGAGGAAGAAGUUUAACGUGGCGAGCAUAUGGCGGCGGCGGCGUCACGGAGAACUUUUUCCUCUGACAGUCUGCGGGGUGUCAACAGCUCCUCACUUUACUGAAUGAUCAUCAUGUGUUAAAUUACUUGCGUGCUUCACCCCACACAGCGUGGGUGGAACCACACUGGAAGAUAGCAGUUUAAAUGGACAGUUAAUAAAAAGAAGAGAGAGAAAAAAA